AAUCAAAAUUAUAACCACAGUCUCUCCUCCCCCUGUUCUCGAACUCUAUAUAACCCUCUAUUGAACUCGUUCUUUCAUCAAACAAAAGAUCAAUCAGAGCCAUGACAAUGUCUAACGGCAUUCCGGAGAAGAAAACGAAGGGUAGGCGGAAGAUCGAAAUUCAAAAGAUCGACAAGAAAACCAGUUUACAAGUUUCUUUCUCCAAGAGGCGGAAGGGUCUCUUCAAGAAGGCUGCGGAAACGCGCCUAUUGUGCGGCACAGAUGUAGCAAUCGUCAUUCAAUCUCCAGGUAACAAGUUUUUCACUUUUGGAGAACCCUCUGUGGAAUCCAUUUUGAAUCGAUGGCAGUUUCUUGAUGAUGCCCACAAUCCGGUGGUUGAAGAGAUGGGUAAAAGUGAGAGGGAAUUUUGGUGGGUCAAUGAAAACUUGGAAAGAAUGGAAUUGCGUGAACUCGGAGCGUUUGAGGAGAUACUGACCGGGCUAAGAGAUGAAGUUUCGAAUCCUGCUUCCCACAAUCCGGUGGUUGAAGAGAUGGGUAAAACUGAGAGGGAAUUUUGUGGGUCAAUGAAAACUUGGAAAGAAUGGAAUUGCGUGAACUCGGAGUGUUUGAGGAGAUGUUGACCGGGCAAAGAGACGAGUUCUGAAUCUUGCUGUAGUUUCUUCCUAAAUUCAACUCCCCCGCCGGGAUUUGAAUGAUGCGGUUUUGAAUUUAGAGUUCUAGACAUGACACGAUAUCAUAGUACUUGCAGAAUUAGAUUUUUAACUUUGAAUGUUUACUGAUGUAAAAAUUAACUGUUCAUUAUUUUUUGAUAGAUCAAUUUUGAUGAUUCAGCAUUAAUUCUUUGUUU